AUCAUCCACUACUUCGUAAAAAAAUUUAAAAAGUUGUAUACUCUCCAACAUGUUCAUUUGGCUGAAAAAUACUGUAAUCUGAUUUAUUGUGAGAGACAAACACCGCUGAAUAGCUAAUAGAUUCGACGGAGCUCGAAGAAGUCAAAGAGUUUCGUACAUGCAGAAAUUGAAAAAGCUUCCAAUGAAAAAUCCAUGGUAGAUUCGAGAUGUUAACUGCUGCUCUCGAAACGGAUGGGCUUUGCCGAAAUCUGGUUGGAUCAGACAGAACCCGGCCUUAAAAGUGGCCUUACCCAGCACGAUUGGGCCGACCAGACAAACUCUUGUCUCCUCGUCUUGCCCCCCUGUUUUCUUUCUUCUUCCAGAGUCUUCAAUAACGCGCGGUGGCAUGGGCAUUAUCUCCCUCGUUUUCCUUUCCGUUUCCCCUGCUCCAAGCCUUGCCUUUCUUCCUCUUCUUCUCCGGCACGGCCGGAGCUCGCCUUUCUUCUCAAGAAAACGCCCGAUAUAAAUUCACACGAGGCCACCUCCUUGGUCGCCAUCAUUGCAGCAACAUCUUCUCUUAGCUCUAGCCUCUCGUCCAGAUCAAGCAACAAGCCCACCCUUCCAUCACCGAUGGAGAAGGACGGCGCGCUGAAGCCGGCGGCGGAGGAGGCCACCGCACCGGAGCUGGAGACGUUGACGGGGACCCAUCAGCCGACGUGGGCACAAGCGCAGUGGGCUAGCAUCAAGAGCAAGGCCCGCGGCGCCAGCGAUUACGCCGUGCUCAGGACCCGCCAGGGCAUCUCCAUGUUCGGGGAGCCCAAGCUCGGGUCCUUGGUCAAGGUCAAGGGAGCAUCAGCUAAGGAUGAGUCGUCCCAGUCCCAGUAAAUCCAUCCAUGCAUGUAGAACACUCUUGAUGCCACGGGCGGCAGCAAGCUAGUGUGCAGUGAACUCUUCUCUUGUUACUCGUUUAGCUGGUUUUUUUUAAUAGUAGAAGUGAAUUUUCAUGGAAGGCCAAGCUUUUCAAUCUGUGUCUGAUGCUGUGAUCCAUGCCGUCAGUUCAUAAGAAUCGUAAAACCCUGGUUUAUUGGAUUGGAAA